CCCACAGUGAGUGUUCAGUAUCUAUGCGUUCAAUGAAUGGAUGCCCCCGACUUUCCUGUGUGAUCUAGAGGUAGUGACUUCUUUCUCUAGAUCUCUGUUUUUUCACCCAAAAGAUCGUCAAUGGGAAUUUCACGCCAGAGUGGGUGGGCGGCACAGAAUUUAGGUUACUGGCCUCCCCAGGCGGCCCUGGCGACCCGAGUGCCCCUGCCCUGGGCGGAAAAUGGGGGUGCUCCCUCCGCGGGACCCCAGCCAACGCCUGGCGGCCCCGCCCCAGCCGGACCCAGGUCUCAGGGAUGCUGCAGCCGCGGGGGCGGGACCCGCAGGCGAUCGCCAACGCCCCCCGCGUGGAUUCGGUGCAGCUACGGUCGGCGCCACGUGAUUGGUCGGCAGCGAGGCAGGGGCGGGGCCUGACUCCUGCAGCGGGGCAGCGAGGAACUCGGCCAAAGCCUGGGGAAGCUGCUGCGGGGGCGAUGGCUGCGCCGAGCCCCGGGCCCCGCGAGCAGGUCCUGGCCCCCUCCCCUGAGGCUGGAUGCAAAGCAGUGACCUCCAGCCGCCGGGGGCUUCUCUGGCGCCUCAGAGACAAGCAGUCUCGCCUGGGCCUGUUUGAGAUCAGCCCGGGGCAUGAGCUGCAUGGGAUGACGUGCAUGAUGCAGGCAGGGCUGUGGGCUGCCACCCAGGUCUCCAUGGACCACCCACCUACGGGGCCGCCCUCCCAGGACGAUUUCUCCGAGGUCCUAACCCAGGUUCAUGAGGGCUUCGAGCUAGGCACGCUGGCCGGCCCCGCCUUUGCCUGGCUGCGCCGCUCUCUGGGCCUGGCGGAGGAGGACUAUCAGGCUGCGCUGGGCCCCGGCGGCCCUUACCUGCAGUUCCUCAGCACGUCCAAGAGCAAGGCCAGCUUCUUCCUGUCCCACGACCAGCGCUUCUUCCUGAAGACCCAGGGGCGCCGGGAGGUGCAGGUGCUGCUAGCCCAUCUGCCCCGCUACGUGCAGCACCUGCAGCGGCACCCGCACUCGCUGCUGGCGCGGUUGCUGGGAGUGCACAGUCUGCGGGUAGACCGGGGAAAGAAGACAUACUUCAUCAUCAUGCAGAGCGUCUUCUAUCCCGCCGGCCGCAUCUCUGAGAGGUAUGACAUCAAAGGCUGCGAGGUGAGCCGCUGGGUGGAGCCUGCCCCUGAGGGCAGCCCCCUUGUCCUGGUGCUGAAGGACCUCAACUUUCAGGGCAAGACCAUCAACUUGGGGCCCCAGCGGAGCUGGUUCCUCCGCCAGAUGGAACUGGACACCACUUUCCUCCGGGAGCUCAACGUGCUGGAUUACAGCCUCCUGAUGGCCUUCCAAUGUCUCCAUGAGGAUGAGAGGGGCCCGGGCAGCAGCCUCAUCUUCCGCACAGCCAGGUCUGUGGAAGGGGCACAGAGCCCGGAAGAGUCAGAAGCGCAAAACCGCCGGUUGCUGCCCGACACCCCCAACGCCCUUCACAUCCUGGAUGGGCCCGAGCAGCGCUAUUUCCUGGGUGUCGUGGAUCUUGCCACGGUGUACGGGCUCCGCAAGCGGCUGGAGCACCUGUGGAAGACACUGCGCUACCCGAGCAGGACCUUCUCCACUGUCAGCCCAGCUCGCUACGCCCGUCGCCUCUGCCAAUGGGUGGAGGCGCACACGGAGUGACCGGUGCCCGGCCCCACUCUCCGGAUCUGGAUGAUGGGCCGCACGCCAGGAAAACCGGUUCCUCCGGGCCCGGGCAUCUCGCCUGUGCUUCCUGCCGAUGGGCGCCAGAGGGCAGCAUCCCCUAACUAAUACUGUAACCGCGCAGCCCCGUUUGACGGCGAUGCUGUGCCCAGCAUCGUGCCAAGGACGCCCCACUUUAGCUUAUUUAUUCCUCAAAAAAUGCUAUUAUUCUCUUUUUACAGACCAUGAGAUGGAGGCUCAGGGGGUGAAGGGACUGAAACAGAUCAUUCAGCAAUAAAUGCUGGAUCCAGGACUCAACAUGGCUUUUGGAUUCCGGAGCCUGUAUUCUUAACCACCAACUAACUCCUGGAGCUUGGUCCUCAUGAUCUGGGCAAGGGGGGAGGCUGAAGGCUGCAGCCCUCUUGUCGUCCAGAUGGGGAAACUGAAGCUCAGAGACUUUAAGGGGCUUAUGCACUGGUAAGUGGCAAGGUUGGCCCUGAGUACCCGGCCUCCCGACUCCCUGCUCCUGGCCCUCUGAAGGUCACUUUCUCAUCAGUAACUGGGGAUGGGUCAGUGGUCAGACCAAGAUCUUGGCUGCACAGACAUCACCGGGAGCCUGCACAGUCCCUGAUCACGCCUUCUCCUUCCUCCAGGAAACUCCAGCCUGGCCUCUGACCCCAGUUCAAUCUGACCAUGCCCCAACCCAAGCAGGCCUUUCCUCCAGAGCUGCUCCAGGGACUGGCUGUGUGACUGGGGCAAGGUGCUAAACCUCUCUGUGCCUCACUGGUCUAAUUUGUAAAAUGAAAGGAUGGAAACAGACCUCAUUAACUCAUUAAAUAUUUGUUGAGCACCUGC